UUUUUUUUUGGAUAAAAGCUAUUAAACCUAAAACUAAUAGAGUACUGCUGAGUGGUGGUACCCAAACAGAAGAGUGGGUUAUUAUAUGCAAACAAACAAACAAGUUGGUAAAUUGAACUUUUAUUAAUUUUAUUGGAUAAGAAAAGAAUCACGCAGGGUUGUCCUGGCCUUUUCCAUUUGAUUUUAUUGGAGAAAAAAAAAAUAGAGCUAAUUGAACGACACAUAGUGAAAAAAAAGCCAAUGAGCUGAGGAUGUUGCUAACAUAACGUGUCAGAAAACUCCCAUGCAUUUCGACACGUUACAAUUUUAGUCAGUCAACUAAAAAAUUAUAUAUAGAAGAUGAUAGUAAAAACUUAAAUGCCUGAAAUAAUCUAUACCAAUUAAAAGCGGUAGUUGUAAAUUACUAUUUAAAAUAAAUAAAAAAAAAUUACAGAGAGAAAAAGAAGACUAAUGAGAUCAAGAAUGGAAGAAACAGAUCAAAGCAGCAGAGAAAUAUUGGUAGUGGACGAAGAAAGUGAUGGUGAAGGAAGAAGAGAAAGGCCAAAAUUGCCGUGGAAUAGUGAAUAUGGGAAGAGCAUUGUGUAUGGAGGUCUCGACGCCAUUGUCACUUGCUUCUCUCUCAUUUCAUCCAUCUCCGCCAAUAGACUUUCUUCUGUGGAUGUUUUGGUGCUUGGGUUUGCAAAUUUGGUGGCGGAUGGAAUAUCAAUGGGAUUUGGAGAUUUUGUAUCAAGCAGCACAGAAAAGGAUGCGGCUGUAAUAGAAAGGGCUGUUACUGAGUGGGAUGUUACUAAUCAUAGUGGUCCUCAGAAAAUGGACUUACUCCAUCAAUAUCAAGCACUUGGGAUGGACCUUGAUGAUGCCACCACGGUUGUGAACAUAUUUGCUAAGUACAAGGACAUUUUGGUGGAUGAGAAGAUGAUGGCUCAGAAAGGAAAGCUACCACCAGAUCAAGCAGGAGGAGACAAGCCAUGGAAGAAUGGCCUUGUCACCUUUGCUGCCUUUAUCAUCUUUGGCAGCGCUCCUUUGCUCUCUUUUAUCAUUCUUAUUCCAAUUACAGACAAUGAAUCGGUGAAGUUUCUCGGCGCUUGUUUACUUUCUGCGCUCGCCUUGGCAUUUCUUGGAGUGGCCAAGGCAAAGAUUGCAGGCCAAAACUAUGCAUUAUCUGCUUUCACGACUCUAUUUACUGGUGCUAUUGCUGCUGGCGCUGCUUAUGCUUUGGGGUGGAUACUGAGGAGCAUAGCAGGACUGGACACAGAAACAUAACCCCUAUAUAGUUACACCCAAAAAAGUCUCAAAACAAGAACAACAUUGCUGGACCAAGAGUAGCAGACAUUCCGAUUUUUCCAACGCCCCUUCCCGGACACAUAUGCUUUCUCUUGUGUUGUGUUAACAUAUAUGUCAGGGACAGGCACUGCUUUUGGGACGAAAAUCAUAAAUCUAUUAUGGUUCUCUCUUUCUAAUUUAAAUUAGCAACCAGAAAAUUGAAUGGUAUUGUUUAAAGAUGUACAGGUGUGUACGCUCAAUUUUGAACUCGGUACCGCCUGAACUGACUCAGCUUAAGAAAAAUAUUACGCUAUUGAAAAGUCUUAAGAAAAAUAACAAAAGCUGCAAUCAGAGCAAAAUUGGCACUGAAAAUUUGCCAGCAAAAUUGGCACUGAAAAUUUGCCUCUAUAGUUUUUUUUUUAAUGUGUAAUAAGGUUAAAAUGCUAAGUUCAGUUGCCUUCGCUAAGAGCUAAUCGCAAGGCAUACUCGGCUUCUCUCAAAAAAAGACGAGUGAGUUGCUUUUGGCCUCGUCGAUAUACUAUACACGACCACUUGUGUCUACUAACCAAGUAACGUUCUGUAGAUUUAUC